CUUAACCGUAAAUGGGAAAAUGUAACAAGCAUCCCCUUAAGUGAGGAAGAGCAUAAAAGCAUUUCCAAAGAAAUUUUACGGCAUCGCAUCCCCGGAAAGGAAUAUGGAAAAACAAAAGCCUUCAACCUAAGAUUCAUUGACAGCGCAAACUUCCUGCAAUCAUCCUUACAAAAACUGGCAGAAAACCUGUCUGAGAACGAAUUCAACUAUAAGGAAGAAUUUUUUGGAAAGCACCCAAUCCUAAAGCAGGAGGGUGUAUUCCCUUACGAGUACAUCGACUGUAUGGAAAAGCUAAAUGAAACAUGCCUUCCUUCCAAGGAAAAAUUCUUCUCAUCACUAACAAACGGAGGAAUUUCCGAUGAGGAUUACAUCAGAGGACAUUACAUGUGGAACAAAUUCGGGU